CACGUGCCAGGCCAGACCGCUAUAAAACGCGCUGCUCCUGACAGCGGAGACAGUCACAGCAGCAGCGUAGUGACUGUGAGGGGUCGACACCGAGGGUUAAUCCACAAAUGGGCCACAGUAACAACUAUAGGACAUCUUCUACUUCACGCCAUCCGCACCUUGCAACCGCAUCUUAACCCUAAAGGUUUCCAUCUUCCAUCUUUGAGCAGUUUUCCAGCUGAGAGCAGAGAAAAUGGCAGCAAUUCCAUCAACUGGCUCCCUCAUCGCCACCAAUGAUUACUAUAGAAGGCGCCUCGGGUCCAACUCCAGCAACAGCUCCUGUGGCAGUGCUGAGUACACAGGAGAGGUCAUUCCACACCCACCAGGACUUACCAGGCAAGAUUCUGGCCACUGGUGGAGUUCAUUUUUCUUUGCAAAACAGAACCAGGCCGGCAUGCAGAACGGAUCUGAAAAGAACAGUACCUACACACUGGCCGACGGUCAGGUGACCUGCAUCGCCAAGGAGAUGGUUCUGAACAGGAAACUCAGUGUAAGCAGUGACAAUGGAAAGUCUGAAACAUCGAACCCUCCGUCUACUUCCUCCUAGCCUGCUGCCCCCUGCCCCCCCCCCCCCCAGCCUCCGCUCGUCGUCCAUCAAUGGAGAUGAUGAUGAUGGUGUUAGUUACUUUUCAGUCAAUGUUUUUUCCUUCUUGUCCAUAUAUAGUAUAUUUUUAUUAUGACCAAAAGCAAAAAAAGAAAGUAAAGUUGUUUUCAUUGUAUUCUUCUUUAAACUGUUAAUAAUAAAUGAAAUGCUUACAGUCAAAACUU